AUGAAUGUCGCCCAAAGGUCAGCACUCCCAGAAGAUAUCUCCAAGACGCGACAUGCGGCAAUUUUUGGCGUGGGCAUCGGAUUCAUCGUGUUUGACUCCAUCGUCGUCGCGCUGCGCAUUUAUGCCCGCGCUUUCAUGCUGCGCGCCCUGGGAGCGGACGAUAUUCUGAUGAUAAUCGGGGCGAUACUCAACUUUGGAUUAUCCAUCACAAUCAUGACCGGCUCGCGGUAUGGGAUCGGAAAACAUGCGCUUGCCAUAACAGAAAGCGACACCGUGCCUAUGCUAAAGUGCAUAUGGGUGACACGCCUCUUCUACACGCUUUCCAUGGGGCUGGUCAAGAUGUUCUUACUGUGGUUCUACCUACGUCUGGAUCCCCGGAGAUUCAUGCGCUGGGCUGUCUUCUUCGUUAUGUUCCUCAAUAUCGGUCUUUCCCUCGCAAGCUUCAUCGGGUCACUCGCCAGCUGCAGACCUCCAUCCUUGUUCUGGACGAGCCCAACAGGAGAUAGCCGCUGCAUGUCCCUAGGCGCACAGCAACUAUUCUACGAAGUUAACGGCGUCUUGAAUAUUGUGACAGACAUCCUGAUCUACCUCCUCCCGGUUCCAAUGCUCUACGGCUUACAGGUGACCUGGCGUAAGAAGGGGGCCAUCCUGGCGAUCUUUGGGCUGGGGAUUCUGUCCAUUGCUGCGGCCUGUGUUCGCUACAAUUUCGUGAGGAGACUUGCUUCCGCCAAAGAGGAGUAUUACCUUCUUCUGGCUGACUCUCUCAAUUGGUGCACGAUUGAGGCUUACGUCGCUAUUUUCUGCGGCUGCGCCCCUUCACUUUCUGUUCUGAUCAAGGCGUACGCCCCAUCAAUCUUCGGCUCCAGCACGGCCAGAAUCUCCCACAGCGCGCAAUUUCCCGGCGCGAGUGAUUUGCAGCAACGCAGCGCUCUGAAAGCCAAUCGGCGUCGGGGUGUGGCCGGUACGACGCUGGGGAGCCAGGAUGUCAUCGUUACUGGCAGCGCCCCUGAUCAACUGGAUCAGGACGGGAUCGUGAUGAAGACAAUUAUACAGACGUAUGUUACCACGCGGGAAUCGACAGAGGAGGAAAGCCAUCGGAGAGAGUAUUAUAAUCUUGCGAGGCGGACGUGA